AAAGUUCAGGUAGAGACGAACUGACAGAAAUAUAAUUUUCAGUAUUGUAAUAAUAUUGGAAAAUAUAAAUGUUUAAGAAUUAGUGACUAGUGAAGAUAAAUAGUGACAUGAUCAUUAUUAACAAUUAAAAGACACUUUUAUGUUAUAUCUUGAAACAACUGAACACUUUAAAUCAGAUCACAAAAUGGAGGUGCCUGGAAAGGUAACUUCAACAUCAAAGACGAACUUUUACCUGUACUGUAUUCCGUGUAAUACAGAUGGAUUAAAGAAGCCGGCUCACGGAUUUUGUCAGGACUGCCAAGAACAUCUUUGCAAAAGUUGUUUUAAACAUCACAGAAGGUCAAGGCCAUCUAGAAACCACGUGCUGCUUGAAAAAGAUGCCAUGCCGACACAACAAACGACCGUUGAUGACGUAAAUACAGACGUCAUUACUGACAAGUGUACCAACCAUAGGGAUAAACCACUGGAGUUCUAUUGUAACCAUCACAAAACUGUAGCAUGUUAUGUCUGUGUAACGCUUGAACACAAACAAUGUAAAGUAGAUUAUAUUCCUGAAGUGUCAGGAAAUGUAUCUGACGACUUGAUGGAUUUGAAUAAAAAGAUGGAAGUUUUAAUCAAGAAAAGUGAAUAUAACAUUAUGAAAGCUGCAGCUGCUACAACACAACUAGAACAAAGUCAUGGAAAAGUCAUUGAAGACAUACAACUGUUUAGGAAGGAAAUUAACGACCGUUUAGAUCAGAUGGAAUCGAUCAUUAUUAAAGAAGCUGAAACUGUAAUUAACACAGCAAACCAUAAACUUGAAAAUAUCAAGGAUGCUUACGAAAAAAUAGCCGAAGAAGUGAAACGUUCACAAUCAUUUCUAAAUGACCUGAGUAAAACAAACAAGCAAAAUAAGCUUUUUAUUGAAAUGAAGAACAUCAUACCUCGGAUCAUGACACUGGAAAAUGAAGAAAUACAGAUUAUCAACGAUAAUACGACAUAUGACGACAUUCAGUUUGACCGGAACGAAAAUCUUACUUAAUCAAUUGAAAAGUGGGAACAAUUUUGGAAA